UUGAUCGACAUACCAAAACCAAAAAAUCAACUUAUGCUACUUUGGAAAUUUUUAGAAUAAGAGAAAAAGAUAUUCCUGUUGAAGUAAUUGAAAUAAAAGAUACUGUGAUAACUUUCACUUGGGAACCAAAUGGUGACCGUUUUGCAAUUAUAACAACAAAUGAUCCUAAUUAUGGACAACCUGGAGUUGCAUCAAGAACAAAUGUAUCCUUCUAUUAUCUUGAAAAACCCAAACCUGGGAAAAGCAGUGUUGCUAAUUUUAAACUUAUUAAAACUUUGGAGAAAAAAACUUCAAAUUCAAUAUUUUGGUCUCCACAUGGUCGACAUUUUGUUUUGGCUACCCUCAGAUCACAGUCAGUUUUUGAUUUAGAGUUUUGGGAUUUGGAUUUUGAAGGAUUUAGUGGUGAACGAGGAGAAUCAUCAACAAAGAAUGAUCCAGCUGCAUCUAUUCAACUUAUGAGCACACAAGAACAUUAUGGAGUAACUGAUAUUGAAUGGGAUCCUACUGGUCGAUAUGUAAUAAGUAGUUCUAGCAUGUGGAGACAAGGGAAUGAUAAUGGAUACACAAUAUGGGAUUUCAAAGGCACAUCAUUACAAAAACAUUUAAUAGAUAAAUUCAAACAAUUAUUAUGGAGACCUCGCCCUAAAAGUUUGUUGAGUAAUGAACAAAAACAGAAAAUCAAAAAGAAUCUACGAGAAUAUUCUAAACAAUUUGAUGAAGAAGAUACAUUAGUGCAAACAUUUGUAUCUAAAGAACAGAUAGCACAUCGUCGUAGACUUAUGGAUGAAUGGAAUGCCUGGCGUAAGC